CCCCGCCUUCUGAUCCUCCUCUAGCCACCGGGUUCCUGGGCGCUUCAGUGCUCGAGUGAGGGUGGGACUGGUCGCAGCGGCGGCAGCAGCAGCAGCAGCGCUAGCCCCAGCCCUUAGCACUAGCUCCAGCAGCGGCAGCCGCUGCAGCCCCCCCAGGCCCGAGACCUCGCGCUCGCUCGCUCGAUCGCUCCGGCUCUCGGCCCGAGCUCGGUCCCUUCGGCUCCUUCAGCGCACUAGAUGACGAUCAUGGCCGCCGAGGAGGUGGCGCCCGGCGAGGUAGAGGGGGAGGCGGGCGGCCUCCUGCAGGAAAUCUUCACGUCUCCGCUCAACCUGCUGCUGCUCGGCCUCUGCUUCUUCCUGCUCUACAAGAUCGUGCGCGGCGAGCAGCCCCCGACCGCCGGCCACGGCGACGGCGACGACCCGCCCGCGCUGCCCCGCCUCAAGCGGCGAGACUUCACCCUGGCUCAGCUGCGUCGCUUCGACGGCACCCAGGACCCACGCAUCCUCAUGGCCAUCAACGGCAAGGUCUUCGACGUGACCAAGGGCAGGAAGUUCUACGGGCCGGAGGGACCAUAUGGAGUUUUUGCCGGAAGAGAUGCAUCCCGGGGCCUUGCCACUUUCUGCUUGGAUAAAGAAGCUUUGAAGGAUGAAUAUGAUGACCUGUCUGAUCUCAAUGCUACUCAGCAGGAGACCCUGAAAGACUGGGAAUCGCAGUUUACCUUUAAGUAUCACUACGUGGGCAAGUUGCUGAAGGAAGGGGAGGAACCCACCGUCUACUCGGAUGACGAAGGUCCCAAGGAUGCCAGGGAGCGAAAGAAUGACUAAAGGCUACGUUGAUGAGAUCUAUUUUUGUAUGUCCUGGUAUCAUUUGUAAUAUCCUCUUGUCUCACCAUAGUCAGAUGUAACUCCAGCCUUAGAAAAAAAGGCUUUGAACAUGCUGUUAAUUGGUUUUUUAAUCAUGUGGAACUCACUAGUUACCCUGAUCACCUUAGCUCCCCGUCUUAGACAAUGCAUGAUGAACUAGAGAACCCCAAAGUAGAGCACUUACAGAAAGUAAGGAAAAUGAUAAUCCUGUUAUAUUGUUAUUGUUGUUGUUGUUGUUGUUGUUGUUGUUGCUGUUGCUGAAACUUGUAGCAUAGUGUAGACUGAAGUAAAGAGCUUUUUAGUGCCAGGUGAGAAUUGACUCUUGAGGAGAGGUUGAUACCAAAGCAAUUAGAAGGAUACUGUGUGAAACAACUCUCACAUACUUAUCAGAAAGAGCCCCUUUCAGACAUGAUUUUGAGGACCACAAAUAAUUCCAUUUUCCAAUUGGACAGACUGCAUGAUUUGGGGUUUUUCUACCUCCAAAGCCAAUCUGCAGUCUCACAAAGGCUUUAAUAUUGCUCAGAGGUGGCCGCCUAGGACCAAAACGAAGCUUCAAAGCUUGGCUUUGUCCCCUAGUGAAAGAGAAUCCUUGUGAAAUGUUGUUAAUUAACUCUUGGUGGGGAGCAGGGAUUACUACUUCAGCUUCCUGUUUCUCUCCCUUUAUUGGACCAUUUUAAAGAAUUCUUUAGAACAGAUCUCCACAUUCAUGUGACUAGCAGAAGAGAAUGGGACAAGUCCCUUCUGUAGCAACAAGUUCAUUUAGAAACAGCUUGUUAGUGGCUUUCUAGACUCUUACAGGCAAACAGCUAACAAAGUUCCCACUUAUGAAUACUCAACAAGAUGAGAGUAAUGGUUUGCUAAGCCCCAUUGCCACAGCCGAUGUUCUCAGUCAACUUCUUUCUCAGCCUGGGAAAAAAAAAGUAUUCCAAAUAGAGAGGAAAACCUUGAAGGUAAAUUCCCUGCCUCCUCUUUUGAACAGAGGAAGAAAAAUGGCUUUCUCUGUAGUUUAAGAAAAAAAAACUUGUUAUUUUUUAGGAAUGUCCCUUCAUUAUUGGUCACACCAUUUAGUAAUGGUCACUCAGAAAACUCAUUGUCAGAUUUUGAAUAUUCAUUCUGUCUCAAAAGCACUUCACUAGUCCCAGGAAUAAAAUGCAUUGAGCCUUGUCCCAGAAUCCACAGAGGCUAAUCAAAUUGACAGGAGGGGAGGGGGGCAAGGAAAUAGGGAGUUUUAAAAUGAAAUCUAGAAUAUUAUGUUUUCAUGAAGCAGUGAAGGAAAGCAUUACUUUGAAGCUACACUGAAUGUUGAACUGAAGGCAAUUGGAAGGAUGAUACACAGACCCUGAGCACCUAAAAAUCCCAUGAGUCUUUGAAAAAAAAGGGGGGGGUUUUGUUUUCACACAAUAAGGCUACGUCUCCUGCAUUUGGUGGCUGUGUGACCCUGACCCUGGAUUAGUCACUUAACCUCUCAAUGCCACAGGCAACUCUAUGGCUAUAAAUUAUAGAGAAGGUGCAGAUCUGCAUUGAUAAAAGGGAGUUUCUGGGAAGUUCCCUGCACCAAAGAAAUCUUAGGUCUCGCUUUCAAUGUUUUUACUAAAUAUGAGGCCUUUUUCUGAAACCACCAUCACAAUUCCAAAAGCAGGAAGUGAGCCCAAGCAUGCCAGCACAUGCUUUUAGAGUGUUCCUUCCCCCCUCUCCACAGAGUGCUGGCUAGUUUGUAGAUAUCUGUCGGUGAUGGCGAAUUCGCCUGAAAUGCCGUCAUCUUCUAGGGACUGGUGUGCAUCUCAUCAGAACCAUGUUAGUGCCUCAAGUAGGGGUCCAAUGGAGACCUCCCUCCAUGGAUUACCUUUUUUUCUCUUUGGUUUAUUACCCAGCUUCAUAAAGUACUAUCCCUCUUAGGUGUCAGACAUGGAAGGAAAACAAAAUCAUCCCAUUGCUUUUCCAGUGCCUUUUGGUCAAGGGUACCCUUAGACUGGAGAUUGGGAGUUUGGAUCAUCCUGUCAUAAUGAGUCCCAGAAAAGUACAAUUCUCUUACCCAAGGUCUCCCCAGUGAGUGAGGCAGAGUUGGGACUCCAACCCCCAGUCUUCCAAACCCAUAUCACCUGUUCUUUCCUCUGCAGGUAGUAGAGACAUGCCUUCCUAUUCAUUACCCUUGAGUAAGAGCACACACUACUAACCAUGAUUUUAAAAUAUACUCUUUGUAAGGUAGUCAUAGUUCUUUUAUCAACAGAAAAAGUACAGCCACUGAAAAAAAAUGAGAAAAAUGCCUAGAACCAGGUGUGGGAAGAAGAAAAGAAAGUCAGGGGAAUGAGAGGCCUUUUGGUAAACACUACACAUUACUGAGAAGCAAGCAAGCCUGCUGGGGUGGAAGGCAUUUGAUCUCCGGGAGUCCCUGAUGCAGACCAAAUCACAGGUCUGAACCAAAAGCAAACCACCCACACACCUGAUGACAGUUUUGGAAGGGGCACUUGUCAAGCAUUGCAUGAGCAGCUUCAAAUGAUUCAGUUACGGAGUUGGGUUUUUCCUUGAAGGCAUUUUACUUUGUCAACUACUUGUAAUGGUUUUACCUCAUAUCGGGAGAAGAAUGAAGUGCUUUUGUCAUCUAAUUAAUAAAAUGGUUUGAUGUGGUACUACAGCUCUUCAA